AUGACUCGUGGGAAAAUCCAGAUAAAGAGAAUAGAGAACCAAACGAACAGGCAGGUGACCUAUUCAAAGAGGAGAAAUGGGCUUUUCAAGAAAGCCCAUGAACUCACUGUUCUGUGUGAUGCCAAAGUCUCCAUUGUCAUGAUCUCCAACACACAGAAGCUUCACGAGUACAUCAGCCCAACAACCACGACGAAGCAAGUAUUUGAUCAGUAUCAGAAGGCUAUGGGGGUUGAUAUCUGGAGCAGACAACAGGAGAAAAUGCAAGCACACUUGCAGAAACUGAAGGAGGUUAACAGGAACCUUAGGAAGGAGAUUAGGCAAAGGAUGGGAGAGUGCUUGAACGAUCUGGGCUACGAACAAAUGGUUAAUCUUAUUGAAGAUAUAGACACCUCUUUGGGCCUCAUCCGAGAAAAAAAGUAUAAGACUAUCAGCAAUCGGAUUGAAACCAGCAAGAAGAAGGUGAGGAAUGUUGAAGAGAUACACAGAAAUCUUGUGCUUGAAUGUGAUGCAAUACAAGAGGACCCACACUACGGAUUAGUUGAAAACGAAGCCGAUUACAAUUCAGUCCUUGGAUUUUCUAAUGAAGGACCUCGUAUAUUUUCUCUGGGACUCCCUCUUAAUGCAAUGCAGAGUGGCGGAAGCUCCUCAGACCUCACCACAUUCGCCUUGCUCGGAUAG